AUGACUACAACAGCCGACAUCGGAGAAGCCAACGCCGGCCGUAAACGUUUCUCUAGCUUUUCUGUGCUUGAGGAGUUAUUCCUACAUUAUCCUGAUAACGGUGGUCCCCCGGCUUGGAAUGGGAAAGCCCUUAACCCUUCCAUCAGGCGACUCACCAUCAUUCAAGAUUUCCCCGAUUACCCUGAAGCUCAGGAUCAUGUUUGGGUUAACACACCCAGUCUUGUGUACCUUGACUAUUCUGUUCAUGUCUCGGGUUGCUAUGAGGCUAAUUUGGGUUCCCUUGUAGAAGCUAGACUCGAUCUUCAACCAUGGGAGAAACUUGUGGAUGAUGAUCUGGGUGAUGUUACGAGUUUGGUUGCAAUGAUAAGCAAUGUUAAGACCCUUCACUUGUCUUCAGAUUCUCUUGAGGUGUUGCAUUCUCUGUGUCAAUCAAUGCCAGUGUUUCACAACCUCCUUACUUUAUCUUUUGAGAGUGACAAAGAAAGAGGCUGGCAAGUGGUGCCACUUCUUCUCAACAGCUCGCCAAACCUAGAAACUUUAGUCAUCAAGGGACUUGUGCACAAAGUUACAAGUAGAUGCGGGGACGUCUGCCUUUGCAUCCCUAAGAAGAAGAGCAAGAAGGUGGAAGAGGGAGUAUGCAGUUUAACCACAUGUCAAGUGAAGGUGUUAAACAUUUCAGGGUAUCGCGGAACUUGUAGUGAGCAGAAGCAGAUGAUUCACUUCUUGGGAAAUUUGAAAUGUCUUGAAACUGUUAAGGUGGGGGUUAAAGUGGAUCACGGAGAGGACAACGAUACUAAUGAUAUAUAUACGUACUUGAGAAUUACCAAUGCUCUUAUGAAGCUUUCCACAGUUUCAUCAAACUGUAGGAUCCAUAUCCUCUGA